UAUUUAAAACCCUGUCAAUAAUUGGGGCUUUUACCUUAUUAUAAUAUUUAAAAAAUAUGUAUGUGUAAUGUAUGAAUGCAAGGGAUGAAAAGUGUCUAAAUUGGUCAACAUAGUAGUUUUCCAGAUGACAGAGCUUCAUAUAAACUUGAGUGUAAUGUAAUAUAAGUGAAGUGAUGAGCAGGGUGGGGACAAUGAGGGUUGCGCGGUACCUAGAAAGCUUCUCUCUUCUCUCCCUGGUUCAUGUCCAUGCAUACAGUGUACACCAAGCAACUGUAUUGCUCUCACGAGGGUUAUCUUCUCAGUAAGCUCUCGUGCGUACUUGCAAGCUCUCGUCUUCUUGUUUAAUUCUGUAAUAGGAUUUUAAAUAACAGUCUGCUCUAAAUUAUCAAGGACGAAGCUUAUUAUAGAAUAUAUUGAGUGAAGUAGACAAUUAACUAAAGACAGAACAGCGAACAUCAAAGGAUCGAUAUUAAAGCCAAUAAUUACAAGAUAUUAUCAAACUUAAGGAAUUAUGUCACCGCGCAACGGCUCGUGUAUGGCCGAAUCGAGCUCCGUACGCAGUUUGUCCUCCGAUGACGUCUCUACGAGCAAAUCCUCCAAGAAGAAAUCCUGCUGGAAGCGCGCGACUGAUCCAGCUCACCGACGUGGUCGCCGGAUUCAAUUACUUCAAAUGCUCGUGCUUCCUUUUAUACCAAUACUUGCGCUCAUUGUACAGACUGCGAAUACUCUUCAUGAUAUACUUAUCUAUCGGCAAGAAGUAUCCGAUAUUGAGGCUCAGGUAACAAUUGCCACCGACCUGGGUAAAGUCGUCACCGGGAUGCAAUUGGAGCGCUCUGAAGUUGCCUUUUUUAUUUACACUAAUGGCAGCCGGUUAAGAUUCAAUUUGACACAGCGGUAUUUUAUUACCGAUCAAACUCUGAUGAACAUGACUACCUGGCCGUUGGCUUCCGUCCCGAGGGAUGAAUCUAAAACACAAACUUACGAAGUGGUUAAUAAAGAAGCGUUUCAAGCUCGCUUGGAUGACUUCAGAGAAAAAAUAAGCCCGGAAGAAAGUACUAUGGCCGAAGUGAUGGCUUGGUACACAAGUGUAAACGCUGCAAUGUUGGAUAUUUUGACCAAUCAGAUAAAAGAAACGGACAAUAGCGGCGUUUGGAGAUACCUGAUAGCUUUUAAAAACCUGCUGAGGAGUAUCGAGAGCAUUGGCAUUGCUUCUGUCUACGGUAUCAAUUACUUCGGACGAGGGAUACUCAUGGGUGACAAUUACGUCAGUUAUGUUCGACACGAAGCGCUUGGAAGAGAUCUCUUGAACGGAUCGCUAACCUAUGUUCCGAGCUUGAAGAGUUUGUAUGCUGAACUCACGCGCAACAUGCCCGGUUACGGCAGAAUUAAAUCUAGGAGGGAUGAAAUACUGAGAAACUUUCGCCGUGAACCAAACUUUGAUGACGCUAUAGCAUAUUUCGACUCGAUGGCGAUGUAUGUUGAUGAGUUACGUAAAUUGCAAAGCGCGUUACGGGACAUGAUAAG